ACUUGCACUUUCACUGCACAACUAUAUAUAGAUAUGCUCCUUCGAUUUGUUUCAAUAACAAGGCCUUUAGGAACUGUUUCUUCUUUGCAUUCAAUCCAAAACCAUCUGAGAACUUACCGGAAAAAUCAUUUUCCGGCAAUUUUUUUUGCUAGUCAAAGACCCACUACAUUACUGUUUGUAAGAAUGGCUUCCGGCGAGCAGCAGUUUCCUCCUCAAAGGCAAGAGAAGCAGCCUGGGAAAGAACAUGUCAUGGACCCUAUCCCACACUAUGCCAUGUCCGAUAGCAAGCCCUCUGAUAAGCUCAGGGGAAAGGUGGCACUAGUCACUGGUGGAGACUCGGGAAUAGGACGUGCUGUGUGCUAUAGCUUUGCUCUUGAAGGAGCAACUGUGGCCUUCACUUAUGUGAGGAAACAAGAAGACAAAGAUGCACAAGAUACUAUUGAAAUCUUGAAGAAAAACAAGACUCCCGACGCCAAGGAGCCUAUAGCAAUAGCAGCGGAUUUAGGGUUUGAUGAUAAUUGCAAGAAAGUGGUUGAUGAAGUGGUAAAUGCAUAUGGGCGGAUUGAUAUUUUGGUUAACAAUGCAGCUGAGCAGUACAAAAGUAGCUCUGUUGAGGAAAUCGAUGAGGAGAGGCUCGAAAGGGUGUUCAGAACUAACAUCUUCUCCUACUUCUUCACAACCAGACAUUGUCUGAAGCACAUGAAAGAGGGCAGCUCUAUAAUCAACACGACAUCAGUUAAUGCAUACAAGGGAAAUAAGAAACUGCUUGAUUACACAGCAACUAAAGGGGCAAUAGUGGCUUUCACUAGAGGACUAGCACUUCAGCUAGUGAAAAAAGGCAUACGAGUCAAUGGUGUUGCUCCUGGACCUAUUUGGACUCCAUUGAUACCCUCUUCUUUCAGUGAAGAGGAGGUGGCUAACUUUGGGAAACAAACGCCUAUGCAGAGAGCUGGCCAGCCAAGUGAGGUUGCACCCUCUUAUGUGUUUCUUGCUUGUAACCAUUGCUCCUCUUAUAUCACUGGCCAAGUUCUUCACCCCAAUGGAGGCGUUAUUGUGAAUGGUUGAUGGAGAUAGCUGUGAAGAAAGUCAAAAGUUCUUUUUGUCUUUUUGUUAUAUAUCUAGAGUGUUGCUGGUUUAAUGGUGUCUCCUUCUAUAGCUUAUAUAGGUGUUAAAUGUCGUGUUUGUUUGGAUAAAUAAAAGUUGUACCCUUCUCAAAUGGGAUACACUGCUUGUGUGCUUGGAUGAUA